UGACGAGCUCGCGCCUACGCUGUUUUAAAAACGGUUGUGCCACGAGCUCCGUGAUUCACUCAACUCAAACACGUCGGGCUGGAGAGGAGGGCAUGAUUCAGUCUCCGCGUGAACCGUCUCCGUCUGCACGCGCCUCUCUGUCGUUCAUUUACGCACGAGGAAGACUGAGUUACCUGGAAAACCUGUUACCGACCGCGCGGUUCAUCGCUUAAUUCAUUUAUUCUCAUGAACUAACAGUCAAACGAGUGUUGUGUGAACGCGCAGCACAGAAACCUCCACCUGCCCGGUGAAUUUAAAAACCUCUCAGACUUUCUGCACUUCACCUGAGACGCACGAGGACAUCGUUUGCAUGAAACUGUGGCCAGAUAAAAGCAGUGGAUGCAACUACGCUCCGUUUGUGGAGGACAGGUGGACGAGUGGGAGAGGCUCUAAAGAGGACCAGCUGGCCAGCGGCACAUACGCCUCAGCUAAAAUUUCCUCCAAACUCAACCUGAAGCGCACCAUGUCCCUCAGCACCUUCCACCUCAUGCAGACUCUUAAGAACUCUCCUGCUGCGCUGCGUCGCCGCUUUCGCCGCGACCGCACCGAGAUGUUAUCUCACGGCGACCCUCUUUUUAAAGUCCACUACCUGGGCACGGAGAAAAUCUUCUCUCUGGAUCGAGAGCAGGCCCAGGACGCCAUCAGCCGCCUGCUGGAGGGUAUCGCAAACGGGAAGAAGCUGAGCAAAGAUCACGCCCUCGUGGUGCGCCCGAGAUACGUAGAGGUCAAAGAGCUGAGCACGGGUCGGCAGCUCACGAAGACGUACCUGCAGGACAUUGCGUACUGCGCGGCGGACGCAAACCGGCCCAACGUGUUCUUGUACAUCUGCAAGCAUCAGGGGCAGCAGCUGCAGUGUCGGGUUUUUUGGUGCAGCCGAGCAGAGCGAGCGCGAGACAUGACGGCUUGUCUGGCGCAUUCUUUCCAGCGGGCGCUGAGCGACUGGCAGGACGGCUCGGCCACGCUGCAGCCAGGAGAGGGGAAGGGGAAACGUGUGGAGGAGUCGUCAAACUCUCCCGCCAACACGAAGAGCUCGACGCUGCCCGCCAGUCUGGGAAAAGUUCGCUGGAAGAAGAGGGGCUCAGUGUCCCGCAGCCCCCUCAGAGGCAUCACCAGGAGAGGAUCCGCCUCCGACAGCUGGAACUGAACCCCGAAACACUUCAACCCUUGAAACACGGGACCGCGUUAACCUGACGACAACCUCAAGGAUGACAGCACUGAUGGGAGGGAGCGAUUACAAAACAGAGGGAAAGACAAACGGACUGAAACUGAAGUGUGAAGAGUCCAUAUUUGGGUGUGUGAGGACUCUGUGAGGAUGUUGAAUCAGUGUGUGAAUGGACUUGAAGGUUUUUUGGUGCAGCAAAGUUGUCUGUUGCAAGAGCGGCGUCCAGCGUUGCACAAAACGCUGUCGGCGGCUGCCUUUGUUCGCCUGUCAGCGGCUAUGUGAUUGGCUGCGGGGCCAUUUGAGGACGGGGCUGGUUCGUUUCCGUCUGUUUUUUUUGGUCGGCUUGUUUGCUUUUAUGCGUUCCUCUUGAUACUGAAGCCACCGAAGAGUUCGGUCUGUCGGAAAGAGACAAUUAAACCGACGACGACAGCGGCUGUUGGCCACAUGAGCCACAAACGACGACCACAAACUGGAAAAAGACGGCAAGCUUUUUUUUUUUAAAAGGCUGAUUUUUAUUUAACUGACAUUUGUGACAGGUCAUCAUGAUUUCAUUUUAUUAUUUUUAACCCUGUGGCACUAGUAUGUUUCUUUUAUUUUUAAUUGGAUGGACAAAACCAACCUUUUAUCAUCUCCAUUGUGAGAGUUUUGGCCAAGAUUACGUAGAUGUAAAGAUACCAAGAUAAAAUGUGUUUAAAAACGUUUAGUAAAACUGAUUAUAGUCUGCAGAAUACGAAAGCAUAAUGCAUUCACUUAAGAAAAAAAAUGCUUUUUAUCCAAAAUAAGAUUACACUUCAAAAUUAUGGGACAGUUAAUUAAAAAAUGCCUUUUCCACUGAAUU